UUCGCAGACUUCUGGCUCGGUGACCAAUUCUGCAGUCUUACAUUCUCCCUCGCUUCCCUCUGGACUCUUGCAUGUUCAGUCCACAAUGACUGGGCUCCCGAUAGCUAUGAAAAAUGCGGACUUGCGCAUCAUUGGCAGACGCCGUUUGUUUUGAGCUGCAUGCCGUCGUUGAUACGCUUUGUUCAAUGCCUAAAACGUUAUUCCGACAGCGGACUUCGCAUGCACAUGAUCAAUGGCGGAAAAUAUCUAUCGAGUGUGAUGUACUAUGUUUUCUACUACCUGUGGAGGCACAACGGCGCAAAAAUCGGAGACACUGCCUUCAUACUGCUUUGCCUCAGUGGAUCAGUCAUGUCACUCUACACAUCGGCAUGGGACCUGCUCGUAGACUGGUCCUUACUUGAUCCGAUGGCGGAGUACAGGUUCCUCCGCACCGAGCUCUUAUACAGGGACUAUAUUCCGCGUUAUUAUUUUGCAAUCGUAUCCAACGUGCUUAUUCGUUUUAUUUGGUUCUCUUACUUUCUGGUGCCUUCGGGGCUGAACAUCACGCCGAGAACGUUCAUUGCCGCGUUUCUUGAAAUCCUUCGCAGGGCCCACUGGAAUAUCUACCGUCUGGAAAACGAACAGCUGGGUAACAUGGACCAGUACCGGGCAACGCGGGAGAUUCCACUGCCGUACACCUUCCAAGAUGAAGGUGAGGACGACAAU